AGUUCAUCCAGUCUCAUGAGGUUUUUUUUUCUCCUUGUUUUCUCUCCUUUCAGUGAAGCAUCCGUGCCCGGGUAUUCGUAUUGCAACGAGCAGUUGAAUUUUUCCACCACCAACACCAACUACAGCGAGGAUGACGCCGACUUUGCCCCGGGACGGCGGGGAAAAACGUCUAGGCAAGAUCCGCUCUCACAUCGAAUAAUAGAGAAACGGCGCCGGGAUCGGAUGAACUCCUGCCUGGCGGACCUGUCCCGUCUCAUCCCGCAGCAGUACAUGCGCAAGGGCCGCGGCCGCGUGGAGAAAACCGAAAUCAUCGAAAUGGCCAUCCGACACCUGAAGAACCUCCAGAACCAGGAGUGCGUUCGGGAGAGCUCCUGCACGGAACAGUACCGCGUUGGCUACCACGACUGUCUGACUGAGGCGGCCAAAUUCAUGCUGCGGGAACGGGGCGAAGAGAUGUGCUACCGGAUGGUGGCGCACCUCAAGGACCACUGCAACGAGAUCAUGAAAGGUGAAAUGCUGAAGUCCCGGUGCGGUUCGGAGAUUCCAAACGGCGGCAGUCCAGUGUACCUGCACCCGGGACCGCUGUCACAGCUCAGGGAUAUGCUGUCGUGUCCGUCCGAUAUCGAACACAGCAGCAACGAUCACCACGACGUGAAGGACCUCAGCUUUCGCAGUAAUACCAACAGCAGCAGCAGUAGUAAUCCACCACAGGCCGCGGUGAUCACCUCGACCGCCCCGAACAGCGUGCAGCACCUGGACACCUCCAGCAAUCACUCGACGGUGGACUUUGAGGCGUCGUCUCCGUCGCGGAUUUCCACCAGUUCUACCAACGGUCAGCUGCCGCACCUCUCGCAGGACACCAACAACAACAUCAACGCCCAGCACGAGAGUGUUCUGCGGACGAUUCGCAUGCGGAAGUUCUCCGAGAACUCGCCCGAGCACGAACACAGCCACAACAGCUACAAGUUCAAGAACUACAUCCAGCAGCGGUUCUCGCAGGACACCCACGGUCACGAGAACGGCGGUCACCUGGCGGAGAUGGCUCACAGUCCCUCGUCCGUUCACGAGGAUCAUCCGAUGUCCGAAGUACCUCCGCCGUCCGCCAUCUGCAAAGGGCUCGUCAACGGGCUGGGGCCGAAGAGCUGCAACGGAACCGACGAACCGCUGUCCUUGAAGCGGAAGAUUUCCUCCACGGAGUACGGCUCGCCGGUGCCGCAGGCGGCCCGCGACGACCGCGAGGACACCAAGAACAGCCUCACCGAAAUCAAGAGCGAGCACGUGGUGGGCGCGCGGAGCGUCUACGCCUCCUGUGCCGUGCCCGUGUUCGCCUGCCACACCCAGGGUUUCUACGUUCCGCUGAACGUCAACUACGAAAGCCUACUGCCAUACCUGAACGGAGUGGAUCUGUUCGGCAAAAGCUACCGGCAGAUGCCGCCGCUGCACCCGAUCAGCAUCAGCGUGAACUAUGCCCCGGCCAGUUUGAUCAAGUCUGCGGCAGUGGCGGCGGCUGCAGCGGCGACGGCUGCCGCCGUCAAUGGGCUACCUUCCGCGGCAACGACCGGCACCGCCGCCAAGUCAGCCCUGGUCGAAACCAUGGUUAACGGAUGCUAGACCAGCUAGGGGGCAGGAAGUUAGCCUCGAACGUUGUUUUGAAAUUGGAGGGCUGACUCGGUGCGCAAGUGUUGUUGCGGCGACCGGAGCGCAGAGAAUGGCGCGCGCGCGGGGAAUUUUAGGUUAUGUCCGGGCGUCGCCAUUGUGAGCCUUUGAUUAGUUAUAAUUGACCAUGAAUGAAGUUAGAAUAUCAAAAAGAGAAAUGUGUUGCCUGCAGGAUGGGUUUUGCGCCGUGAACAAUCCAGCAGCGCAGCGGUUGGCAGCACUGCUUACAGGAUGAGGAGAACUUUGUUGGUGUGGUGAAGAUAUUGCUUCAUUUAAAUGACUAAAGCCUUAUCUGCCGUGUGCAGCAUAGUUGUGCCAUGUUAAUAGGGAUUCCCAUAGAAUAUGGGACAACUAUGCUGCACAUGGCAGUUAUGAACAGAGAAGAAGAUUCAUGUUUCUUCAUUGCAGGUUUUAACAAGGUUUUAAAGUAUUUUUACAAUCUAAUCUUGGCUACUAACGGAGUUUGGGGAACAGAACUGGAUUCGUCAGGGCAUUCGCCAGUUGAUUUUCGGAUGAAACGUGUUGGAGAACAAUAGCUUUCUGGUGGCUCCUUGAUGAAGUGAUGGCGCAACAGAUCGAUGUGUUUUGUCCGCGGCCAGUGGCCGAUUUCUUUUCCUGCUAGACAUUGCACAUCUGUUGUCGCAACGAAUUUCAGUUGUAGUAGUGAGGCUGCUAAGCUCUACACACAAUAAGUGUCACCAUAAAGCAUUCUGGCCAGAAGCUGCGAUAGCCAAUAUAUCCUGCUUCCGUCGUGGAAUUGUGGAUUGGCUUCUGCAGCUCCAGGCAACUGCACCACUCAACUGUACAAACUUGUAGGCUGACACGGAUCGCCUGGUCUCUGGAUCAUUUGCCCAGUCGGCAUCCGAAUACCCGUGGAGCUGUUCUUCACUCUCGCUACUGUAGACUAACUUCAUACCCUCCGUUCCUUUCUGGCGUUUGGCUGCCGUCCAGCGGACUUUUCCUGGUUUUCUACUUAAGCUGCUGACUGCAUUGACUGCGAAUGCUAUAUCCCGUCUGGGACUUCGGCCGACAAAUCAUAGUCCACCACGAGUUUACGCAACGGAAUGGUUGACUUCCUUUCGGCUUCAUCAAAACACUUGGACACAUUUCCUUGCUUAGCUUCUGGCUUGCAGAACCUUCUGUCACCCUGCGUGACACGCAUUUCGAGGUUCUGCUCCGGGUACAGCAAGGGUACUCUCCGGGUACAGAAGGUCGUCCACAUAUACGGCCACGAUGAGAACCUUCUCGCCAUUUAGAUUGCUGCAGACCGAUGUCUCUCAGUAGGUACCUUUUUGAGCUUCUUGUUCCAUACGAUACUUGCUUGCUACGUCCGCCGAACACUUCCAGUUGCUCUACGAUUUGACGAGACGCCGUUACUGCGUUGAGCUGAUGGAUCUUCAGCUCAAGAUGGGAUAACGGACCAGUGGUGAAUAGGUUUCUCCGUAGUCGACUCCGUGCCCGAUCGUGUACCGCUCGAUCGAACCGUCCGCCUUCGUCCGUCGCUUGAGCUUCCAUUUCAAUGUUAGGGCCUCCCGCCCCGCUGGUAGAUCGCACAAUUCCCGUCCCGUUACCUCUGUUGGAGUUCAUCUCCACCUUCAUUGCUUCAUGCCAACAGCUGUCGUCGCUUCGCAUCGCUUCCUUAAACAACUGUGUUUUUUGACGGAAACUGCUGUGAGGGACGGCACUUGAAGUCCUGCGUUCCUUGCCACUGCGCCUUACUACACUAUAUGGAGCCUUUUGUUAUGGAGGCAGCGCAGAUUCUAACGGGUCCGACAACUCUUCGCCGCCGGUUUCAUUCGCUGGUAGUAAUUCUGCUACGGUAGUUGCGGCGUUUUGUUCAGAGUCCGGGCUGAUGUCAACUGAAGCCAUCCGCGAAACUGCAGCAUUUUUGGUUCGGAAGCUUAAAGUUCAUUGCUGUUUUCGUUCAACAACACUUCUUGACCUCGAACCUCGCCUCGAACUGUAGACACAAUACACUUUCGAUCCUGCGGCGUAUUCGACAAAGAUGCCGUGCUCCGAUUUCGGAUCCCAUUUCUUCAUUCGUACCUUCGGAAACGCACAGGUCCAAGUAGGUCGGCCUUCUUUCUGGAGUCACUUACAGACCCUUCGAGUCUCUGAAAAGGCUUGGUAAUCAUUGAAGCACUCCAGCACUUUCCGUCUUCGAUCGAAUGAAGUAGACGAAACACUUUCCGCUGCAGUCGUCGACUAAAGUAAGAAAGUACUUGCUAGCUCCUACGGUUGUCGUUUCCAUGGGACCGCAUAGAAAGAUCUCUGUGUUGAACGAGUUCUAACACUUCUGCUACUCUGGUCCCUUUGGAUUUGAACGGUUCCAUCUUGUUGUGAGUUAUGCGGUACCGUCUACCCCGUUGGUUUGACCUCAUCUAAUCUGAACACUUUUUAAUUUGACCCCCUCUAAUCUGCACAUCGAGGGCCCAUAUAGCCGAGGCGGUAAACGCACGGGUAUUCAGCAUGACCAUGCUGAGGGUGACGGGUUCGAUUCCCGGUCGGUCCAGGAUCUUUUCGUAAAGGAAAUUUCCUUGACUUCCUUGGGCAUAGAGUAGCUUCGUGCCUGCCACACGAUAUACACAUGCAAAAUGGUCAUUGGCAGAGGAAGCUCUCAGUUAAAAACUGUGGAAGUGCUCAUAGAACACUAAGCUGAGAAGCAGGCUUUGUCCCAGUGAGGACGUUACGCCAAGAAGAGAGAGAGAAUCUGCACAUUGUUCAAAUUAAAAAUGGUUCAAAUGCCAUUAUGCUCAUGGAACGGGGUGAAAAGAAACGCAGAAUCAAAACAAAACAACAAAGAUGGUUACCAUCAGUGUGUUUUUCGAUGCCCACAGGGUUACUAGAAGUUCAAAUUAAAAAAUGAACCCCGUUGGUUUUCAUGAGGUGUCGUUCAAACCAACGGGGGUAGACGGUACACUGAUUUCGUGCUGGAUUCCGAACUGUUUCAAAUGUCGCUUCAUGUCACUUCUAAGCUGCUUUAGCAUCUUACCUGUUACGAGUCUCUGUAAAGGCUUGAAAAUCCUUGAAGCACUCUGUCGUGUCCGGACGGACACUGUGGCAUUCCGGGCCAUUCCGCCGGCUGGAACUCUGCUCAGAUGAGGAAGGAUUCAAUGAUGCAACCUACUCGUGUGAAAUACUUUACAAGACUGACGUUUCAUUUCAUGCUGAUCGCUUGCUUUGUUUUGUCGAUGGUGCAUCACGGCUGCUGAUGCUAUAUGCCCUACGUAUCAUUUUCUCAGUAUCUCUCUCAACCCCUAGCUACACACUCCAGCACUUUCCGUCUUCAGUCGAAUGAAGUAGACCGAACACUUUCCGCUGUAGUCGUCGACCAAGGUUAGACAGUACUUGCAAGCUCCUACGGUUGUCGUUUCCAUGGGACCGCAUAGAAAGAUCUCUGUGUUGAACGAGUUCUAACACUUCUGCUGCUCUGGUCUCUUUGAAUUUGAAUGGUUGAUGCUGAUUCUUCCCUUCUAAGCACGGAAUGCAAUCCGGAAUAUCGGAUUCGUCGAGCUUCACACCACGUACGUACCAUAUUGCGCAGUUGCUUCAAACUGUGCGUGUAGAGAUGCCAUAACCCGAUCCAAAACACAUCCUUGUAGAAUACCACCCGAUGGCCACGACUGCAGACCUUGUGCAUGGACCAGAGAUUCAUGGUUAGUUCUGGAAUGCACAACACAUCAGUUGCAUCACCUGAGAUGGCUUUGAUAGUCACGUUGCCCUUAGCAACAACUGACGCCUUCAUGUUAUUUGCGACUAUGACGCCGUCGCUCAUCUAUUUUGCCACUUUCCGGAUCGCUUUUUCUCGAAAUAUGCGGGCCGUCGUUUCGGAAUCGAAGAUCCACACAUCCGGGCUGUUACGACGAUGUUGCACCAUGAAAGCCGAGUAAGGAGUACCUGUCAAAGUUCCAUCCUAUUUUCUCGCGGUCACUCUGAAACGUAAUGACUCAACCGGUUUUACUGGAACUGGACUGGAAGCACAUCACGUGACUCUUGCUCGAUUUCGAUGACUUCGGCACAAUAACAAUACAUUCGACAACACACGGUCAUGGUGUAUCUAUACAUUACAUAAAGGUUGUCUCGAUAUGAGGGUUGUCUGAUUGAAGCAUUCCACAAGAAUGCCCAUCCAGACUCGAUUCCAACAGGGCCAUCAGGCCUCUUCACGUCCUGCAGAAUCUUCGCGCACGUAUCGUAUCCGCUCGCAUCUGGAUCCCGGGUGCUUCCAUGUCCAUAGUUCAUAUUUAUAGAAUAAUCCACUAGCUGCCACUCCAGACAAAAUCCGCUUGCUGGCUUUCCGCUCCUGUUGUUCCGGCUAGACCUCCGGCUUCUUAGUCGCUACCGUUCAUUCUUCGUGUUAAAGUUCUCCGAAGUGACACCUAAUUCCUCGAAUCUUGUAUUUUCUUCAACUGUUUGUCCGUUGCUAUGGUGCUACAAGCACAUAACCUUAAGGAAAACACGUGAUAUUGCAACGGAAUGACAAAUUAGUAUGAUUAUUAUUUACCUUAUAUAGUUCAAGGGUUACUAUGACAGUAAUUGGACUUGAAAUUUAAUAAAAGACAUUUCAGGUUUUAUUAAGGCUUUGAAGCUGCAUGAACUAUGUGAUAGCCCUAACACCAACAAAGUCCAUAAAACUGACAAUUUCUGCCAUGUCUUGAAUAAUUUGUCUGGUUUCUAGUCGAAUUUCAACAAAAGAGACAAAAUCUUCAUACCCACAAAGUUCCACACUGCCUAUCCAUGAGAAAAUUCCAUCAGAACGUCCCUGGAUUGUUUAGGCGCUAGAUUCAUCCCACUUUGGAAAGUACUUUUCCACAGAAAACAAAAGAAAAAUGCAAAACCUACAAGGCAACUGUAAAACUUUAUAGAAGAUGAUGCUGAUGAAGAUAAUGAUGAAAUGCAUUUUUGCGCCAUUCACAAUGUGCAUUUGACCUAGUUUUUUUCCCUAGAUAAUUUAUACGUAAAACACACAAAUAUGGUUCUUGUGAUUGGAACUGAUUGGAAUGAUAUAAGAGCAUACUUAACCACAUUAAAAUUGAAAAUGUAAAAUGCCAUUGAAAAAAAAAACGAAGAAAAACAAUAGAUACCAUAUAGAUAACGACACGCAAAAGUAAGAAAUUCCAUUAAUACUACCGCUGAAACCAGAAGAAAUGAAACGAAAUCAAUGCAGACAAAGAUAAAACAAGUGAAACUAACAAAGUAUGUGUAAUAUGUAUAUUUCAACUCAGGUAAACAAUAUUUGUAACAAGCAAACAAACAAAAAACAACAAAGCAGCGAUAGAUAGCGAAUGAACGAAGAAGAUCUAGCCAGAAUCAAACAGUAGACUAGGAGAAACCAAUUGAACAAACAUAUGGGGAUCCGAGGACACGGGAAGAGACACCAGUCAGACAGCCAUACAACAACAGCAAACUGUAAGCCAUUUUGUACCCACAACUACCUAAUGUCUAUCGUGUCACACGUUCUUUUGAUACGAAAUUGUUUCAUUUUUUUUAAAUACCAACAACAACAACGUUAACAACAGCCAGCAAACAACAAACACCCGCAAUUUGAAACAGUUGUUUAUUACUUUUAACACAAACAAACAUAUUAUUACAAUUAUGAAAUCUUUUAAUCUGUGAUACUGAUUAAUAAAACAAACAAAAAAGUAAACAAGCCAACAAACCAACAAAGAUGGAAACGCGCUAUAGCGAGAAACUGUCGUGGCAGAGCCACGAAAAUGAGAAAGAAGAAAGAUUGAAAGAAAAGCUUAGCGAGUACACAAGAAGAAGCGGAAAAAAGGAACGGAAAUCAAGCGUCCCAGCAAAUCGAACAGGAAGUAAAAACAAAAAAAACAAAAUGUCGUUCAACCUACACACAACACACACACAAACCGGGAAGAACGGAUCUGUAUAAACCACAAUCAGUCGCUUUGUGUCUUGUAUAUUUGUAAAACACCCCCCCCCCCCCCCAAAUCCCCCUUCGUCUGAGAAUAGGAAUGAUAAUGAAAUGAAACGGAAGGAAAGCGGAAGAUGAUGGCGAAACAAAAAAAAAAACAGUGUUAGUAGGCAUAUAUAUGGAAAUUAUGGAAAGAAGGAAUUGUUUGUGUUGUACAAUCGAUUGACAUUUGCGCGAGAAGACAAGUGCUGUACAUAUAAAUAGUGAUGAAAACAAAAUAAACCAAAUGAAUUGUCAUAAAAAAUCGUCAA